UCGGCUGCGGGCACCGCGGCGCGCGGACAUGGCGUCACUGACGCGCCCGCCGACCCACACGCUGAGGCGUUACCGACGUUCGAGGCAGUAGAAGGCAGUAACAGCAGCCAGCAGCAGUAGACAGGAGGUCGGAGGCAGCAGUAUGGCGUUGAAGACUCCUACGCCGCGCGACGGCGAGCGCGAGACUUGGGGCAAGAAGGUAGACUUCCUGCUCUCCGUCAUCGGGUUCGCCGUCGACCUUGCCAACGUGUGGCGCUUCCCUUAUCUUUGCUACAAGAAUGGAGGAGGAGCAUUCCUGGUCCCGUAUUGCAUAAUGUUGGUGGUGGGCGGCAUUCCACUCUUCUACAUGGAGCUGGCGCUCGGACAGUUUCAUCGCAAGGGCGCCAUCACCUGCUGGGGCAGGCUGGUACCGCUCUUCAAAGGUAUAGGAUACGCGGUGGUUCUGAUAGCUUUCUACGUAGACUUCUACUACAAUGUGAUCAUCGCGUGGGCGUUACGCUUCUUCUUCGCCUCCUUCACCACCAUGCUCCCGUGGACCAGCUGCAACAACGAGUGGAACACGCCCUCUUGUCAACCGUUUGAAGCUAACUGGGAAGCAUUGGCAGGCAACAAAUCUGAACCGCGUCACAACGAAUCCGAUACUAUGGCAUCCUCUCAACCCUUUACGUCGGCGGCUUCUGAAUAUUUUAACCGUGCUAUCCUGGAGUUGCAAGGGAGUGAAGGGCUACAUGACUUGGGCGCCAUCAAGUGGGAUAUGGCCUUGUGUCUACUGGCUGUCUAUAUAAUCUGCUACUUCUCUCUUUGGAAAGGGAUCAGCACUUCUGGCAAAGUGGUUUGGUUCACGGCACUCUUCCCGUACGCAGUGCUACUGAUUCUUUUGGUCCGUGGUAUAACGCUGCCAGGCUCCGCGACUGGUAUACAGUACUAUCUCAGUCCGAACUUCGAAGCCAUCACAAAGCCACAGGUUUGGGUGGACGCGGCGACACAAGUUUUCUUCUCAUUGGGUCCCGGAUUCGGUGUGCUGUUGGCGUAUGCGUCUUAUAAUAAGUAUCAUAACAACGUUUACAAAGAUGCAAUUUUGACUAGCGUGAUCAACUCAUGCACAUCGUUCGUUGCUGGGUUCGUGAUCUUCAGCGUGUUGGGCUACAUGGCGCACGCGUCCGGCAAGCAGGUGCAGGACGUGGCCACUGAGGGCCCGGGCCUCGUGUUCGUCGUUUACCCCGCCGCUAUCGCUACGAUGCCCGGAUCCACUUUCUGGGCGCUGAUUUUCUUUAUGAUGCUACUGACUUUGGGACUUGAUAGCUCUUUCGGCGGUUCAGAAGCAAUUAUAACAGCUUUGAGCGACGAGUUUCCGCCGAUCGGUCGUCACAGAGAGAUAUUCGUAGCGUGUCUCUUCACCUUGUACUUCUUCGUGGGUCUGGCGUCAUGCACCAAGGGCGGCUUCUACUUCUUCCAACUGCUGGACAGAUACGCAGCUGGUUAUUCCAUGCUCGUUGCUGUGUUCUUUGAGGCGAUUGCUGUGUCUUGGAUUUACGGAACGGAACGUUUCUGCGAGGACAUCCGCGACAUGAUAGGGUUCCGCCCGGGCAUGUACUGGCGCGUCUGUUGGCGCUUCGCUGCUCCCGCCUUUCUGCUGUUUAUCACCGCGUACGGCCUGCUCGACUACCAGCCGCUCGCCUACGAGGGCUACGUGUACCCCGGCUGGGCCAACGCGCUCGGCUGGGCCAUCGCCGGCUCCAGCGUCAUCUGUAUACCGACCGUCGCCGUGUACAAGAUACUUACUACCAAAGGAACCUUCUUUGAGCGUCUACGCAUUUUGACGACACCUCUGGCGGAUACGGAACGCGGCUCGGUGCACAACGGCGUUGUGGUGUCGGAGAGCGGCGGCGUCAGGCUGACAUCCAACGCCGGCACGCCCACAACGCCAACAGCCCCCGCUCCAGACAACAACACCACUGUACUAGCUAACACCGUCGCCACCACCACCAACGUCUCGCUUGCACCGGGGCCUGCGCUCGUCUGAACUCAACUUUCCUUUGACAUCUACUACGUGUAGGGAUUUAGUCUAUGCACGAUAAACGAUGUCAUCACCUUAUCUAUGGACUCCAAAUUGUGACGUGUUAAAAAGUUAGAAACGGGCAUGAAGAUGGAGUUAAUGAUGUAAGAAAAUAGAAAAUAUUAUUGCAAACUUAACUUUUGCUCUAUAAUAGGUUAAGUAAAUUUUUAUGGAAUAAAAAGCACACAAUUGUAUGUAUGUGUGUUAUAGAAUUAGCAAAAAUGCAGUUAACAAUCAUACAAUAUAUUGUUAACUUAGCUUUUCAUAUAGAAUUUGAGAUAACAUUGUUUUUUAUUGAUGCUUAUGCAAUGCAAGCCAUAGUAAUCCAGGAUAACGCUUAGUUUACUAAAAUGUCUAUUAAAAUUAAUUUUUCUGUACUUACAAUUUUCAUAAUUUUGUGCAAUUUAGCUUCGUUCUUCAAUGUAAAAUAUAAUAUUUGUAGUGAAACUAUGCUACUCUUUAGGAUAUAUGUAGAUUUUAAAAUUUUAUGUAGAAAGAGAUGGGAAUAAGUUAACAACAGUGGGGUUAUAUAAGACAAAGUAUGGCAUAUUUAAGGUAUUUUAUUGUAAGACGAAAUGCAUAUAAAAAUUUAUUCACUUGUAUAAUACUUAGGUAAUAUUAUUUAAAUUGUGACAUAGAUUAUGUAGCUUGUAAAAUAUUUCAAAUAAUUCAGCAAACCGUCGAUGUUUUAGCAGUAGUUUUAUUGUAUUAAUUAAAAAUCUUACAGUAAGGUUGAAGCUGGAGCAAUUAGAUCAGGCAUAAAAAAACCAUAAAUGACAUUAAGCAUACUCAUUGUUUAUGGUUUGGUCAUAGACUAUAAAAUAAUAUCAGUUAAAAAAAAUUAUGAUUAAAUUUUAGCUAUCACGCUUUUCGCGUUUAAGAAUGUUACGUUAUUUUAGAAUGAUAAAUAAGAAAAAAAUACGUGUAAUAAGGCAUUAAUAGUUUUAAUGGUUUAAAACGAUAUACUUAUCAAGUAGUUUCGCAUAUUAUUCUUAACAUAAGAGUGUAGUAUAUGACGAAAAUGUUAACCUUCAAGACAUGUUUUGAUCGUCAUCUUUAAAAUUAGAUUAAUCUUCUAGUAGAUAUUAUAUUAUUAGAUUUAAAACAAUUUUACUUCUAAGAAAACACAAUGCUGUGUAGAUAAUAGAAAGAUGUAGAUUCUUAGACAUUAAGAGAGUUCAUAUACCCACAUAUUUCAUGCUAAUACUUAAAUUUAAUUACUAAUAUAUAUUAUCUAUUUAUCUCUCUUUAAACUCUUAGUAGUUCUAUUUGUAGGGGAUUGUUAACAGUAGUAAAAUAUUAACUUUUUAAAUCUCUGAAUGUUGUUGUUCACGUAGUUUGUAGUAUGUGCUCCGUUUUUUAUUGAAUCGUUGAAUUGUAUAUUAUUUUAAUAUAUUUUUGAUAUUUUAUUAAUUUUAAGUAUAAAAUGACUAUUCAUCUCUCCGUUCGGGCAAUGCGGAUUGAUGAAUUGUAAAUUUUGUAAUUUUUUAUGUUUAAUUUAUUGGAAUGCAAGUGAAUGUACGCUCCACGUGCUCUGAGCUGUUUUAAUAAUAGUAGUUCAAGAUUGUUACAAGUAGAAAACAUUUAUAGCUUAAACAUAUAAAAGCUUAUUCAUCGUCGCUAAUCAAUUAAUGUUUAACGUAGAUCAAUGUAUUCGACGAAUAUUUAAUAGAAGUAGUUGUUAAAAUUAAAUAC